ACUUGUCAUUUUGCCAUUUAUGUUUUUAACUUGUACGAAGUGAAUUAUUUAAUUGAAUACAUUUGUAUAAUCUUCAAGAUGCCCGAAUUAGUCGAGCAGAUGUACUGCUCCCAGCAGAUCGUGAUACCGCCCAAGUUUCCGUAUAUAUUAAAAAGAUAUUGCAAAGCCGCAAUAAAAACCCAGCCGUACGAUCUGUUACGUUGGUCCUACGAGUACUUCACAGCGCUGGCUGAACACCGACCGCCGCCGGUCAAACUGAGGCUGGAGUAUCCUAUAUACAGCACCGAGGGUGGUCUCACCAGGGGCUGCUUAAAGGUCCUCGCUAAUCAGCUGUCCGGCAUGACGUCAGUGCCAUUGCCAGCUGUUCGUCAGGCGUGGCGCGGCUUCUGCCUGGACACUAACGAGCUGAACCAGAUUUUGUGUCUCUGUGAAGUUUACAUGAGAGAAGAAGAAGUGUCGUUUCUCCGCUUCAUUGCUGUAGCUGGAGGCUUAUUGACCAAGACCUUAACCCACACCAUGAUUCUGCUCUGCGAGACCCUCACUCACGAGCCUGAUGGUGGGUCCGCAGCCAUACCGGUUCAAGAUUUCCUCGUGAUGUACCGCUUCCUAGCGGCUAUGGACGCUUCUAAAGACGUGAAAUAUCUUAACGGAUAUAGGGAGGGAGAAACUCCAAAGACGGAGUCGACGAUGGAGGAGGAGGAACAGGUGACGUCACAAGUGGUCUCUGAACCAGAUACAGUAUCGGACGAAUAUUGGGGAGAGACGAAGCAACUCCAAAAACUGAACCUUACAAAUGAUCUUGUACCCCAAACAACCAGGCUCAGUUUGAAAUUAAAUAUGCCGGCUCUUGGAAAGAUAGAGAGGUCUCCUUCUAUGGAGAGAGCGGGACAGAUAGAGAGGGAGAAUUACAUGAGGGAGAGGAAAGGCAGAGCAGCCGCGAGCGACGAUGUAGACCAAAAGCUUCGUCAAAUGAGCGGCGAGGAGCUACCGGACCAAGAUAAAAAAGAUAGAAAAGAAGAAAAGACCGAGAGGAAAAAGGAAGGGAUUGAGAUUGUUGUUCACGAUGAAGACGGAAAUGAGAUACCUUACGAGAUUUACGGGGAACAUCCGGCUGAAGAAGUUGGAGAAGAAGAAGAAGAGUCGAAUGUAUUCGGCAGAGAAGAGUUCAAGGUUGCAGAAAAGAAGAAUAAUGAAAUUGAUAAAAUAAAAGAGUUCUUGGACGAUUGUGAAGAAAGACGCUUGGAGCGUAUAGCUGAUCUGGAGAAAACCUUCGAGGAAAUAGAAAUCAUUGUGGAUAGGUUUAAAUCGGCUAAUUACGACCUCGGUAUGGUGGCCGGCAGGCAGAUGUCCACGACGAGCGGGGAGUUCAUAGUGGCUCAGGUUGAAAGAGACAUAAUGGAUUACAUCAACGAGCAGAUAGCGAUACUGCCAGACCCCGACUUGAAGAAGAAGAAGGCAAAGCCCGAGGAAGUGGCCAUGAUCAAGGAACUCGUGGAGAACUAUCUGGAUGAGAAUAUGGAGGUUAUCGUGCCGGAAGUCGAGGAAGUGGAGGAAGAGGAACUGCCUAUACCGGAAGUGACUGUAGUUUACGCUGUACCUGGCAUCGGUCCAGAGGUCGACGAGGACCUGGUCCAAGAGGUGGAGUACUACCUCCUGGACGUGUGUAAGGUCCAGGCUGAUAUGGUCAUGCCGAGGAACAUAAGACACUUUCUUUGCCCACCGCUGGAGAAAUACAAAGAGCACGACUACGACAAUUUACCGUCCAAGGAGGAGCUGGCGGCGGGAGGGGCCCUCACAGAUUAAAUUCUAUUUAUGUGACUUGUCGAAGGUUUUAAUGCCUCUGACCUGGAGCACUCUCAUUGUCAGCCUUUCCCAAUUUUAAAUAUGCGACUUUACGUCUCCAUUCACAAUAACUUAUAAACUUCACGAGUUCCAACGGGAAUAAAAUAAAGUCCAAAAAACUU